AUCAAGAAAGUUGGGGUUCGUUCGCUGCGCUCGUAGUCGUUGGGUUUGGUUUAGAUUUCGAAUCAGACCGCUAAUCCGCUAUUGUAUAAUCAUAAACUCCCUGAAUUUUCAUAUUUACUGAUCUUUGAUUCUUUCUCAUCUGGCUGUUGGCUUUGAUUUCGUUUACAAAUUCCUGAAUUUCGAUUACACAUAUAGGGUUUCGAAAUCUAAGUCGUUGCUGUCGCAACCUAUGUCCGCUUCGACGGUGUCGAUCACCGCGGCUCGGAGGAGACCGGUUGUUGUCGGCGAGAAGAAGUCCGACCUAGAACUCUUUCCCAACGAGGCACAAGUAAAUGGAGUCGCCGCCGCCGCCGGCAAUAGCAAAGAUCUCAGCCACCACUCAAUCAGAGGUGAGCCGGUGGCGCAUGUGAAAAAGUCUCUGCCUAAUUCCACCGUGUCCCCACGCCGAACUCGGAAGGUCGCCAUUACGAGGCCUGAGAAGCCGUUGUGGCUGAGGGUAGUGAGUGUGUUCACCAAGAAUUUCGUGCUGUUUUUGAUACUUAUCGGAUUGGUGCAGAUGGUUAGGAAACUGGCCUUGAAAUCUGGGGAUCCUGUUUUGGGGACACAGAUGGGAUUCUCAGAACUCGAGGGGAGAAUUGCGGAAGUAGAGAAGACUAUGAAGACUACAUCAAGAAUGCUUCAGGGGCAAGUGAAGAUUGUCGACAAGAAGAUCGAGAAUGAGGUUGAGGGAUUGAGAAAGGAAGUGAACACGAAGAUUGAGGACAUUGGUAAAUAUUUUGAAAGUGAAUUGAAGAAAUUAGCGUCUAGGAGUGAAGUAAUGGAGGGGUUAUUGAGAGAAUUGAACUUGGCAGAUUGGUUAUCGAAGGAAGAGUUUGAGAAGUUCAUUGAGGAGUGGAGGAAAGGGAAGAUCGGUGAUGAAAAUGGUUUAAGUCUGGAUGAUGUGAGGGCAUAUGCAAGGGAUUUGGUUGUGAACGAGAUUGAGAAGCACGCAGCAGAUGGGCUUGGAAGGAUAGACUAUGCACUGGCCUCUGGUGGGGCUGUGGUUGUUAAGCACUCGGAAACCUAUCUGGCUGGGAGUAGAGGCAAUUGGUUUGCACUGAUUAAUAGAAAUGGGGUUCACAAGGAUGCAGAGAAGAUGUUGAAACCAAGUUUUGGUGAGCCAGGGAAUUGUUUUUCAUUGAAAGGAAGUGGCGGGUUCGUCCAGAUUAGGCUGCGAAGUGCUAUUGUUCCUGAGGCGGUCACUUUGGAACAUGUUGCAAAGAAUGUUGCAUACGAUAGAUCAAGUGCACCGAAAGACUGCCGGGUAUCUGGGUGGCUUCAAGGUGCUGGUCUUAGUACAGCAGAUGGUGUCGAGAAGAUGCUUCUAUUGACAGAAUUUACAUACGACUUGGAGAAGAGCAAUGCUCAGACCUUCAACGUUUUGGAUUCAGCAGCCUCCAGUGUUGUUGACACGGUCAGAUUUGACUUCACAUCUAACCAUGGUCACGACACUUUUACUUGCAUUUAUCGCUUGAGGUUGCAUGGCCAUGAACCUGAAUCAGUUUCCAUGAUUCCCGCGCUGGCAUGAUAAACUCCAUAUCUUGUAAUUGUAUGCUUUGAUUCUUUGUUCAGUUCACGCUUUGUAGCUUAUAGCUUCUGUAGUUGCUAGAUGCAGAGUUAACCUGUUCCUGUGAUUAGAUUUACUCCUUCAACAUGUAAGAUUUUUUUUCUUCACCAUCACCAAGUUUUGGUUCAGUUCUCUUCCUUUUCUAGUCUUCGAGGUGUCGCAUUGGAAAUGAUAUACUUUAUAUUAUAUUCA